AUGUGCCGCCCGGCAACUAAGCCUUCGUUACCGGGCGGUCGUUCAGGAAUUCUCGUGUAUUCUUCAUCACAGUCCGGUCCAUACCGUACAAGAUUGAAAAACGUGCGGUCGCUGCAAUGCAUUUGCCUUGAAGAAGUCGCAGAAAUGAUGGGUGCCAUACGCGAAGCGUGUGCGAGUAAAACAGCCUCUGUGAACCUGAGUGAGUUGUUGAUUGCACUCACCAACAACAUAAUGUCGAGAUGUUUUAUUGGACAGAAGUACGAUACUCCCGAUGGUAGUAAAAACUUUGGAGAGCUUGGAAGGAAGUGGUUGACUCAAUUCACAUCUUUCUGUGUAGGAGAUUUCUUCCCUUCGUUGGGUUGGGUUGAUGUUUUAACGGGCCAAAUUCCUAAGUUUAAAGCUACUCUUGGUUUGUUAGAUGGUUUCUUUGAUCAGGUAAUAGCAGAACAUAAAGAAAAGAUGACGAAGAAGGAUGACAUCAAAUCCGAAAAGAAAGACUUCCUGGAUAUUCUUCUUCAACUUCAAGAGACCGAUUCGCUUGGUUUUGAGCUCUCCCAAGAUAUUCUCAAAGCAAUGCUAGUGGACAUGUCUAUAGCGGCAAGUGACACAACUUCAACAACUCUGGAAUGGACUGUGGCGGAGCUGAUGAGGAAUCCAAAGAGCAUGGAAAAGGCUCAAGAAGAAGUGAGAAGAGUGGUCGGGGAUAAAGCAGAAGUUGAUGAAGAUGAUGUGAAGCAAAUGAGUUACUUGAAUUGUGUAAUCAAAGAAACCUUGAGGUUGCAUCCACCAGCUCCUCUUCUUCCUAGAGAGACAACCUCUGCUGUGAAACUAAGAGGGUACGAUAUUCCAGCCAAGACAAGAGUAAUGUUGAACGCAUGGGCCAUACAGAGAGACCCUGAACUUUGGGAAAGACCAGAUGAGUUUCUUCCUGAUAGAUUUGAAAAGAAGGACGUAGAUUUCAAAGGACAAGAUUUGUAUAUUCCGUUUGGUGGCGGAAGAAGGGGAUGCCCAGGAAUUACAUUUGGGAUCACUGUAGCUGAGUACGCACUUGCUAAUCUUCUUUAUUGGUUCGAUUGGAAAGUGCCUAAAACUGAUGCAACUGUGCAAGAUAUUGACAUGAACGAGAGAUAUGGUAUCACUGUCAACAAGAAGGUUCCACUUCUCCUUCAACCAAUACCCUUCUUUUAAUAGUCUCUUCAAUGUUUCAUUUCUUCUUCUUUCUUUUAUGUUUUGGUGUUUGCUUGGACAGCUGUUGUGAAAUAAAAUUCAUGGUGUAACCUUGAAUGUUAAAACGGAGUGAAAUGUUUUCUGCUUGAUGUUCGUCAAAGU